AUGAAGUCCUUUGCACUGCUGUCCGCCCUUUGCGGCCUGGGAUCCGCCCACUUUCUCCUCAACUACCCCAAAUCCAUUGGCUUCGACGACUCGAAUGAAGGCAAUGCUCCCUGUGGUGGAUUUACACCAGACUUGUCCAAGGACUUGGUCGAUUUUCACGUGGGCGGUGAUGCCAUCUCCGUGAAGCUCACCCACCCUCAAGGCAAUUGGCUCUUCCGCGUCACCACUGAUGAGAAGGCUGAAUCCGGUUGGGAACAGAUCUUCCCCAUUGUGCAACAGAGCGGGUUGGGAGACUUUUGUGAGCCUCAAGUCACAGUGCCCAGCAAAUACGCCGGCAAGAAGGGUGUUCUUAGUGUCGUUUCGUCUGCGACGGAUGGUCUUCUGUACCAGUGCGCUGUUGUCAACUUUGUCGAUGGCAAGGGUGACAAGCCGUCUGCCUGCGUGAAUGCGUCAAGCGUCAAGGCCUCGUUCACCGACGAUUCCAAGCUCACUGCACUCGUGGGCAGUGGCUCAUCAUCUACACCUACAUCUGGCUCUGGAUCCAGUACUGCAUCAAAGACGUCGGCUUCCUCGACAGCUACACACUCGGGUGCUGCAUCAUCGCUUCAUGCUUGGUCCCUCACCAGCGCGGGAUGGGGUGGUGCGUUGACUAUUGUGUGCAUGGCAAUGCUGGGUGGAGCUUUGAUGAUUUAA